AUGCCCAAAUUUAAACCAACAGAAAAAGACAAAGAAAUAAUAAACAAAGCUAAUAUUCGUGGCAAAAUUAAGGAUGUUAUUUAUUUUUUCCGUGACAAAAAAUACGUAAUAGUUAUUAAUAAAGUUACUCGCUUAUAUGCAAUUAGAUUAAUUAACUAUGAAGAUGAUGGUGGAGACGGAGUGGAAAUAUUAGCAGUUAAGAGAUUUCCUGACUUGAUAGGAUUUUAUCUAACAAAGGAAGAAGUUGAGAAUAAAGUCGAAAGUAUUAAAGCUAAUGAGGAUGGAGAAAUAUAUCAAUGCAAAUAUAAAUUUGAAACCCAUGAGGAUGAUAUGAAAAAUAAUGUAUUAAUAAUUGGAAGAACAGGAAGCGGCAAAUCUGCCUUGGCUAAUGUAAUCAGCAAAUCUGAUGUAUUUGGAGAAAGCGAGGGUUCAGUUAGCCAAACUAAAGACUUCCAAAUUAAAGAUUUUGAAUUGGAAGGGACAAAAUAUCGAGUGAUUGAUACUGUUGGAGUCGGUGAUACUAAUUUAUCAGAUGAUAAGGUCAUGUUAAAGUUGGCUAAGGCUAUUUACUCAAUGAAAAGAGGGAUAAAACAAAUAUUUGUGGUAGUGGGAGGAAAAUUUACCGAGGAGGAAAUAGAACUUUUUGAGUUAGCUGAGAAGAUUUUUGAAAAAAAAAUCAUUAAAAACACAACCAUUGUGAGAAGUAAAUUUGACUAUUUUGACGACCCUGAAAAAUGUGAUAAAGAUAAAAAAGAUUUGAAAAAUGAAAAGAAAAAAAUUGUUGAUAUAAUUAAUCGCUGCAAUGGAAUCAUAUAUGUGAACAAUCCCCCAUUUAAAGAAAAUGAACCAGGACGACAAGAAGACAGAAAAAAAUCAAGAAAGAUAUUACUGGAUCAUUUGAAAACUUCUUGUCAAGAAGGUUGCGAACUGGAGCAUUGGGAUGUGAUAUGCGUAGGAAUUAAUGAUUACAUGAAUGCAAAAAAAUGGAAAGAAAAUGAACGUACACAAAACUUAUUAACUGAUAUAUUCAUAAUUAAAAGAGAAAUAUAUGAACUAAAAGAAAAGAUUCUUGAAGAAAUAAAAACUCAUUCAAAUCUAGAACGUGAG